AUGCAGAGAAUCCACCGGCGGUCCUUUUACUCCAAUGCAAACUACUACAAGUACCGGAGUCCCGUGCAGCGCCCACGGAAAACUAUGGGGCUAUGUAACACCAUCGUUAAGCUCCCGCCCAACGUCCAAACCUUCCACCCUCACCAGAUCACCCCCAGGCACUUUAUAAUACCUAGUCAAAUUCCGUCUUUUUGCCCGCAUUUCCGACAACUAGCGAGAAGAACGAACCAUGACCCACAUCCCCUCCAAUUUGGCAACCAGCUCGCGACACGGCCCGCCGACUUCCCUGAAGAUGCCCGUGGAUUCCUAUACUACUACUCUCCAUCGGACCAGAACCCCAUUGCUGGCUCCCUUCGUUUCCGUCUGGCGAAAGAGGCGACGCGAAAAGCAUUCAUAGAGGGGAGCGACCUCCGAAUGGACCACGGAAUUCCUUGGGCGUUGCCUAUAUACGAAAUUGCUACUUCGCCAUCCUUCGAGAGUUUAUGGAAAAUUCUUGUGCUGGAUGGAUUGGCCCCGCCUCAUAUGCUGAAGGCUUGUGAGGCACUUGGAGUCGUCCCUGACUCCGUUUUCAUUGCAGGUCUGGGCGUCCCGUGGGCAGUUGACUUCUCCUAUGAAUACUCUCGGCUCUACAUAUGUGUUCCUGGAAUGCAUCCAAUACCACUGAUGAUACGCCAUCCUUGGUUCAACCGCCAAGUAACUCCAGAUUCGCCAGUCAGCGGACGGGCAGUUCUCUCAAUCAUACAACUUUCCGAUUCUACCUACGGCCUCCGCAUUAACAAAAUCCUGCGACUCAAACAAGAAAUACACGUUCAGGGUGCACUUCUCCCAGAAGAAGGGCAAGUAACCCCUCUCCGCGUUCGAGCUGUUGUGCGGACCACCAAACUCACGGAAGAACGAAUCCGUCGUUUAGAGCAGGCGGCAGUCUCACCCGUGUACCGUCUACCUUGGGCCCAUGAAAACCCGAGUCCAUUGGAUAUUUAUCGACACAUGCCCAUCUCACUAACCCGCGAAGAACGGCCUCCUCCAAAUGGUCGUCACCAAGUUCCACCACAUAUGGCCAGCGCUAAGCUACUGUCAACAAAUAGUCGUCUCUUGGAGAUAUAG